AUGUCUGUUGCUGUCCACUCAUUUCGCGUGCAAACAACAACAACAAACAAAGGACAAAUUACGCGUUUUGUAUUGCAGAGAAUCCGAGAUUGGAAAAGAAGUGCUCCAGUGCUGCGUCUGAAUUUUCGUGCUUCAUCAUCUUCAUCAUCUGCUGAUGACACGGAUUCAGCUGAGGUACUGUCUAGAUAUUCAGACAGACCAUGGGAAUACUUAGAAAGUGAAGAGUACAUUGAGCGCUAUGGAUCAAAGCCUGUGUGGUCUAACUAUAGGAGGAAUCAUAAGGGGGGCGUCCCUCCUCAAAAGACAAGAAAGACCUGUAUUAGAGGUGACAAGAUAUGCGGCAAUCCUUGUCCCAUCUGUCGUGAUCCAAACAUCAUUGUCCAUUACAAGAAUGUGAACCUGUUGCAGCAGUUCAUUAGUCCUCAAACAGGAAUUGUGCAUGAUCCCACUCGAACCGGUGCGUGUAUGAAACAACAGAAACUACUUAACAAGGCCAUUGAAACUGCUAGAGAUUGUGGUUUACUUUCUGCCCAGUUACCUCAUGUUGAUUACUCGAAAGAGGACUACUCAAACACUCAUGGUGCUGUAGCAGCAACUCCUGCCCCAUUUUCUCUCAGCUCUGGAGAACUGUGGUAUCCGUGGUAUGGAAGUAUAAAACCAGAUGAGCGAGAACUGGCAAGAGUGAAGCGGAUAUACAAAGACUACCUGAAACCAGAUGUUUGAAUCUUGAUGUAAAAGACCUUUACACAUUAAGAGCAGAUGCUGUGUAUUUUACAUGAGAACGAGGCAGUUAGGGAAAGACUUAGUCUUUACAAUGGCAGGUCCUAAAUCACAUGUAUUUUUUAAAACUAAUUUAUGGCGUUUUGUCUACUGAAAGGAGGAAAGACAUUUCAUUAAAUGAAAAAAAUCAAUUUUGUUAAACAGCAGUACAACCCAUUAAAUGCACUGUACGUCUGUCCCUCACAAACUCAUUUUCAUUCCUAUCAGAAAUGACAUUGUGCUACCCUGGCUAAGGUCUAUUUCAAAUAGCGGUUGGAAGUUUGAUCCAAAUGAUGUUUCCAUAACAGUACUUACAGUGGGGCAAAUAAGUAUUUGAUACAC